AACUGAGAUCCUCGCUUGGCAUUCGGUUCCGCCAUGGCACUCAGAGUCUCUGUGAAGUUCGGCAAGGAGUCCAAAGAUCUGGACUUCCAGCAAGAGAUCAAGCUGGGGGAGCUGCGGGAGGAGAUCGAGCAGCAGAUGUCCGUCCCUAAGGCCAAGCAGUCCCUGAUCUGCCACGGUCAGCGUUGGCACGGCCUGGCGUUUGCCGACAGCCUGCCAGUGCUAGAGGCCGCUGGCCGCAAGGGCACUCGGGAUGUGGACGGAAUGAAGGUGGUCAGCGUCAUGCUCAUGGCUCCCGCGGGGAUCGACGGUACAGAAGAGGUCUCGCGCUGCGAAGCGCAAGUCAAGGAGGCGCAAGACAUUGUGCAGAAGCUGCCAGCGGCAAGUGCCGAUGAGACACAGAAGGCAGCACUCUUGGCCCACGACCUGCUGGUGAAAGCCUCACAGGGCUUGGACUGCCUUGAGCUGGUCGGUGCACAGCGCGCGCGCCGACGCGAGCUGCUGUCCCAGAUCGAGGCGCUGGAGAAAGACGUGGACGCCAAGAAGCGCUGAGCCGGGGGAA